AUGUCCUCAAACGUCGGACUGUCCACGCCCCGUGGUAGCGGUACGUCGGGAUACGUCCAGAAGAACAGGUCGCUACUGAAGCCGCGUGACAAGGCGGCACCAUACUCCAAGGACUGGGACUCAGCGAAGCAUCGCCAACGCCAGCCAGACCCCGAGAUCCUGGAGCACGACCGCAAGCGCGAGAUCGAAGUGAAGGUGCUAGAGCUGCGAGACAAGCUCGAGGACGAAGGUCUUGAUGAGGAUGAAAUCGAUGACCGCUGCGACGGACUGCGAAAGAAGCUCGAGGAAGAGCGCAAAGCAGGAAAAGGCGUAGGUCCAGAUGCGCGCAGCCUGAAAUCCCAUCAGGUGCAUGACCUGGCUCAGGCCAAGAUCGAAGAAAGCGAGCGGCUGAGAAAAGCAUUGGGCAUUGCUGCAAAUUACGAGGAGGGAAGUCACUGGCGAAAGCAAGAGGAGCGUCUUCGAGAGUCGCUGGUGCAACGCGAGCGCGAGGAUGAGGAGCAACUGCAGAAGGCCAAGGAGGCUCGCCGCUACCGAGACGACUCGGAGUGA